CGGCUCCAUCAGCGGCGUGGACCAAGUCGGCACACUCCCUCUAUCCGUGUCCUGUACUGCCGCGGCGCCCUCCACUGUACCACAUCACCUCCUCUUCGUCACCCUCAAGGACGUCAUAGCAGUAUAAUAAAAAAGAAAGGACGAUGCCGCAGUACAGGCUCAUCCACCUCAACGGCCCGGGCCCCGCCGACCUGACCCGCUGGAUCUUCGCUUACGCCGGGAUACCCUACGAGGACGAGCCGAUCGACAAGGAGGACUGGCCCGUCAAGAAGAAGACUGUUUUCACCGGCAAAGUUCCUGUACUUAUGGUGGACGACGAGCCUUUGUUCAACAGCGUCGCCAUCGCCAGCUACGCCGCCAAGGUAGCUGGUCUCGUGCCGGAAGACAGCUUCGACGCCACCCUCUGCCUCGCCGUUGUGGGCACGAUGCAAGAGAUAAACUUCAAUAGCUGGAAAAUCUGGCGUUCAAAUAAGAGCGUGGAGGAGAAGAAGGAGGAGUACACCUCGAAGUUCUUCCCCAACGCCGUAAAGCCUUUCCUAGAGCGGCUCGAGGAGAGGCUCAGCGGCAUGGAGUGGACUGUGUCGGAUAAGAUCACAUGGGCCGACCUCAGCAUCGCCCUGUGGUUCGGGGAGCUGCUUGACUACCGGCCUGACCUGCUGGAGCCUUUCCCGAGUGUGGUGGCGGCCAUGCAGAAAGUUCGCGACGUGCCUGGCAUCAAACACCUUAUCGAGACCACGGCCAAGCCCCGCUACUAGGCCGCGGGUCCUCAGUGGGCUAGUGCGCCAGUCUCACGCCACCUCAGUUGGUACUCAGAUAAGAAUAAAAGAAAAUCCACAAAAAAACUUGUCUAACGAAAUAAUCUUGGGGAAAACUGUCAUUAUGUUAAAGGUACAUUUGGGGGCAUGCGAUAUAGCUGCGCGAGGCCUCGGUGCUCAUUUCCGUCACAUUGGCAUUUGAACCUGUGGUGAAAAAAACAACAACAACAAAAAAAAAACAUUAACCCGGGACAAAGGGCAAGUGGGAUGUUCGGGUUACCAUUGUUUCCCUUCCCAAGGAUUCACAUUUUCAGGCACCCAUUUAUCGACCAGCCCGAAAGGGAGGAUGAACGGCUGGGCUGCACACCGACUGCCCGCGGCGGGAUUCGAACCCGGACCCGCGAAUUUGUAACUAGGCACGCUAACCACUGCACCAUGGAGGGGUCAUUGUAUUAUUCAUUAUAUUCGGAAGUAGUAAUAAGUACAAGAUAUAGUCUCAUUUAAAAAACAAGAUAUAUGGUUUGUUCAUUAUUGUAUGUGUUGUUUUAAAAUUGCAACCCGAUGAAAAACGAAUAUAAAAGUUUUGCUUAUACUCCUGCAUUGAUAAUUGAGUGUAUGGUUGGAUGACUCUGACCCUUGUUAAAUAGUUAAUGAGAGAGUUUGCUGUGUUUCGGAUUAUGAGUUUGUGCAUAUUUUCCGGUAACAUUGUACACAACCUCUAAUUCCACCUUGCGCACCUCUGAGGAGAUUCACUCGGCCAGCUCGGAAUUCUAGAGGAGCAGCAAAAAUAAUAAAGUUUCUGCAUCUAUAUUAUUCUUUGG